CCCUACCCCAACCCCCCACCCAACCCCACCAACAAUAUAUAUGUAUAUAUAUAGAUACACAAUCUUCUUCAUACAUGCUGCAUUGCAAACUUGCAUUACAUCGUGCUAGCUUAGCUAAUUAACACAGUUCCAAAACAAAGCCAAAUUUCUUUAUAAGAAAAAAAUGGAGUCUUCGGACAAGGCGGCGGAGAGUGUGGUGGUCGGAAGCUACGUGGAAAUGGAGGCGGCGGAAGGGAAGCCUUCCGGCAUGAAAUCAAGAAUCUCGAAGCUCUUCUGGCACGGCGGCUCCGCCUACGACGCCUGGUUCAGCUGCGCCUCCAACCAGGUGGCGCAAGUGCUGCUGACGUUGCCCUACUCGUUCUCGCAGCUGGGGAUGACGUCAGGAAUUCUCUUCCAAUUAUUUUAUGGGUUGCUUGGGAGUUGGACUGCAUAUCUCAUAAGCAUUCUCUAUGUUGAGUACAGAACUAGAAAGGAGAGGGAGAAAGUUGUCUUUAGAAACCAUGUUAUUCAGUGGUUUGAAGUUCUUGAUGGGCUUCUUGGGAAGCAUUGGAGGAAUGUGGGCUUGGCAUUUAAUUGCACCUUCCUCUUGUUCGGAUCCGUGAUCCAACUCAUCGCUUGUGCUAGCAAUAUCUACUACAUAAAUGACAACUUGGACAAGAGGACAUGGACAUACAUCUUUGGGGCAUGUUGUGCAACAACUGUUUUCAUCCCAUCAUUCCACAACUAUAGAAUUUGGUCAUUUCUUGGCCUAAUCAUGACCACUUACACAGCUUGGUACCUCACCAUUGCAUCCCUACUUCAUGGCCAGGUCGAGGGCGUUACGCACUCGGGCCCCACCAAGAUGGUGUUGUAUUUCACCGGAGCCACAAACAUUCUAUACACAUUUGGGGGACAUGCUGUGACUGUAGAGAUCAUGCACGCAAUGUGGAAGCCACAGAAGUUCAAGGCCAUAUAUUUAUUAGCAACACUCUAUGUGUUGACUCUGACCCUCCCAUCUGCAUCAGCUGUGUAUUGGGCUUUUGGAGAUUUGCUUCUCAAUCACUCCAAUGCUUUCUCUCUCCUCCCAAGAUCCACAUUCAAGGACAUUGCCGUAAUUUUGAUGCUAAUUCACCAGUUCAUAACAUUCGGAUUUGCCUGCACACCCUUAUACUUCGUGUGGGAGAAGGCCAUAGGGUUGCAUGAGUGCAAAAGCUUGUGCAAGAGGGCGGCAGCCCGGCUACCCGUGGUGGUGCCGAUAUGGUUCCUGGCCAUCAUCUUCCCGUUUUUCGGCCCCAUCAACUCCACAGUCGGAUCGCUCCUCGUCAGCUUCACCGUCUACAUCAUCCCAGCCCUCGCCCACAUCUUCACCUUCCGAUCGGCCGCAGCAAGAGAGAAUGCAGUGGAGCAGCCUUCCAAGUAUUUUGGGAGAUGGGUGGGGGCAUAUUUGAUCAACAUAUUUGUAGUGGUGUGGGUUUUGAUUGUUGGGUUUGGGUUUGGUGGAUGGGCCAGUAUGACUAAUUUCAUUCACCAAAUCGACACAUUUGGGCUUUUCACCAAGUGCUACCAAUGCCUCCCUCAGCUACCGCCGCCGCAUUCACCCGCUCCUCUGCCGCAUCCCAUGCCCAACACCACCCAUCCGCCACCUCAUCACCACGCCCUUUAAAAUCGCCUCAGACCAGAAUCAUGGAGAAACAGCUUGAGAUUGAGAGCAAUGAAUGUAGCUUCGCCACGAAAUGCACUAAUGCAAUGAAAUGUGAAACAAUUUUGUGGAGAAA